AUGAGCUGGACGAACUUUCUGGACCCUUUUAACAUUAGUAGAGCAAACAUUAGUAUUAAAUGGUAUGGGUUUAUUGAUCCGGAUUCGUCAGUAGACACAUAUUAUAUAACAGUAAGCCGAAAUUUCAGCGGGUAUGAGUUAACAAAAGGAAUUGUUACCUUAAAUGCGAACAAAUCUGAUUCGAGACAGAGUGCUGUUGUCACAUUGAACGAUUCAUUAAAUGAUAGUUGUCCCAUAAUACUAACCAUAUGGGCACAAAAUACUGCAGGUUUAAACAGCACUGCUUUUCGAGUAACUAUUGUGCCUUUAUCUUCGUCAUCGGAACGGGCAAGUUUUGAAUAUCACUCAGGAUCAUUAGAACUGGAAAAACACUCGUGUAAAGUACAUUCGUGUAAUCAAGACUGUACAUGUUCCGUGGUAGGAAAAUAUUGUACGCCGUUAGAACAAAUAGACUGUGUUUCCAUAAACACAUCUGUUGUAGGCACGUUUGAUUAUCCGCGAGUAAUUGUGUACAGUGGUCUUGCAAACAUCUCUGAAAAUGCGACAGCUUCAUUAGCAUGUCUUACAGGACACUGGAAAACAGUUGGUUCUAAUGCUGCUUUGAUCGUGCGGUAUGAAUGGAGUAUGGGCUUGUCAGGUCAAAAGGCAGGUGAUGGGAUAUUCAGUACAUCGGAGAAACAAUGGUAUGACGUUGGAAAGAGGACACACGUGAUACAUUGUUUACCGUUAAAAUCUGGUUUAACACAUAACACGCAAUACACAAUAUAUGUUAAAGCCUGGUAUUCAAACACUGAACAUUUUACUUUUAUGUCCCCACCAAUCAUGGUUGACCAUACACCACCACAACAAGCAAAAGGGCGAUCCAUAUUAGACUCCGAUCCCAAGUGUGUUAUUGAUUACGACAUCAUUGAUUGGAUGGAUGAACUAACAUUUUGUUGGAAAGGUGUGUUUCGUGAGACACAAAGCAAACUUUCAUACUUUACAGUCGCACUUGGCACAUCCGUGAAUGGAAGUGAUGUAUUUCAAAUUGCUGAAGUUGGUCUAGAGACUAAUGUAACGCUUACAAAUAUUAGCCUCACCCAUGGAACAAGAUACUUUUUUACAGUAACGGCUUACAAUACCAUUGGAAUGCACAACACGCUCAGCUCUGACGGUUUCGUGAUAGACAUGGACACGCCAAUAGCUGGCGUGAUCUUCAAUACUGAUAAGUAUAUUGAUAAAGGAUACCAGUCAUUAACCUCUACAUUCAGUAUGUCGUGGCACGGUUUUCUCGAUCACCAUUCCGGUGUGAAAUCCUACCAUAUUGCCGUGGCUGAAGAUGGUAGCUUUAAUCUAAGUAAUAUCGUACUUAGAAAUGUGGGCCUUAAAACUUCGUAUACAUUUACAAAUUUGAAACUCAUGCAUGGAAAGGCUUAUGUUGGUUUGGUAAAAGCGUGCGAUGCCGCAGGACAUAGCAGUGUUGUUGCAAGAACAAAUUUGAAACAUGUAGAUGUUACUCCACCAUAUGGACUUCAUUGCAGCAGAUACUCUUUAAUGCAAAGAAACGAAACGAAACUGGACCUUGAACAAACGGAAAAUGAAUCGUCCAACGUUUACCUAGAACUCAGAGCUGAUCUAGAAAAGGAUAAUUUAUACAAAAUCAGUGGCGUAACAUAUGGUACCGGUUCUAUAGCAAAGCUUAUUCUUGUUAUGGAUAGGUUUGAAGUUCUAUUACAUACAUCGCAUAAUCAUGAUGGUUCCGAAGACUUCGAAUACAACUUUAUAUCAAAAGAAAAGAAAUCACUGGUCAUUGAAAUAAAGCAAGCUACUAUCACGGAAGGAUGGCAUACAUUAGAAGCUAACUUGUAUGGGUGUGUUCACUCGUCAUCAAACGUGAACGGCGACGGCGCGAUCAAAUUACAGCAAAUCAGGCCGUCAGUGCUGGGUGUAACAACAUUGCUCGUAGACCCAGAGAGCUCUGUGUACAAGAUACGAUAUGGAAUCGGGACGACAAGAGGUGGUCUACAGCUUCGACCAUUUUUACCUUUAAACGAUAGAAGCCAAGCCGUGAUUGACAUCAGCGUAGAACAUGGGAGUCCGCUGUAUUUGACUGUGCUUGCUGAAAAUCAUGCCGGUCUAACUUCCAAUUUUACGAGCGGUCCAAUUGUCAUUGACAAAACGCCACCAGUUAUAAGUAAUAUGAAUGCUUCAUCGUUGACUUUUGUUGAUGGGUCUAAUGGAUCAGUUUACAGAAUAUUUGCAAAUUGGAAGGUCGAGGAUGAUGAAAGUGGUGUAAAAGCCUGCUAUUGCGGAAUCGGUAUUGGAUUUCAGAUGCAAGGAAUAGAAAAAUUGAAACUUGCAGAGACAAACGAAACAUGCAGCUUUGAUAACAUGAUUUUAAUGCACGAAAAAUACUUUUUCAUCAAAGCGGUAUGCAUCAAUAAUGUGGAACUGUCACAAGGUUUGGUGUCAAAUUCGAUUGUUGUUUCCAGAUACCACACAAGUGUUGAAUUUGCCGACCUGCGCGUGGUAUCUGCUAUUCAAAUCAAACAAGAAAUUGUAUUGUUCGGUAAAAAUAUUACUGACUUAUAUAUACAAUCGGACAAGUCAAAUGUUAAGAUUGAGUGGUCUGGUUUCGAGGACAUUUCUGACAUUGAUCACUAUGAAUAUCGUGUGCGACAUGAGUCCGACCAAAACGCUGACUGGAAGAGCAUAAAUAAACACACGUUGGUAGAAGUCAGUGCCCUCCAUCUCGUUCCAACAGAAUUGUAUAGGAUACAUGUAAGAGCAGUAUAUUCGAGAGGUUUCAUCAGUGAACCACUCACAGUGAAUUUGCUGGUUUACGGGGAACAUCCUCAACUAACAGGUAAAGCCAUGACAAUCAAUCUUUAUAACCGAACUAUUGAGGUAGACUGGACAGGCGUGUUCGAUAUACCAGGUUUUACAGAUCUGGUUUAUGAUGUCACAGUUGGCUCAAGGAGAGGGUACUCAGAUGUAAUACAAUAUCAGAGAGUGAAAUUCCAGCAUUGCACAUUCUCUAUCUCAGAAUCAACGACAGUUUCUUCGAAGAUAAAUGAGAUAUUUAUCUUUGUAGUAGGGAUAAAUUCUGCAGGACGUCAAACACAGUAUGAAAUAAGUUUUAAGAUGUAACACGUCUUGUGGGAUAAAAACGUACAUAAAGGUGAUAAAUGCAUACAUGUUUCACUUUAUUUGACAGUGUAUAACAUUGUGACAUUAAUCGUCCCUUAUUACUUUUUAGCAACUGGUAAUUAGGUCAUGCGAACUGAUUGCAGUGGACCGGAUAUGACAAUGAGCAGUUUUCGUGCGACUCCAAAUUGUCGUAUGCCAUUUCGUCUUUCUUCGGCCUUGGCAUUUUUUUGCAACAACCGGAAACUAGCGAAAUAGAAAAUACAAGAAAUAUGUGAAUGAACGGAAAAUGUCGAUUAUCAUUACAAAUAAACUGUCUAACUAUGCUGUU